AAUCACUACGACUGUUUUAUUAAUAUAUUGCUGUAGGAAAAAAACGAAAGCAAUUUGAGCGAAUACAUAACAGUUUAUCAUUUUGGUGAUAUAUGUAGUUCGAGUGUUUUUUGCCACGAAUUAAAGGUGCAAAAUGGCGUUUUCAGUUGGAUCAGUGAAUCAAGAUAUUAACAGACCUGAACUAUACGAAGAAGUGAAGCUCUUCAGGAAUGUCAGAGACAGAGAAAAGUACGACAAUAUGGGCGACUUGUUUGCAGUCAUCAACACCCUGCAGCAUUUGGAGAAAGCCUACAUCAGAGACUGUGUGACUCCGAAAGAAUACACAGCGUCGUGCUCGAGACUGCUUGUACAGUACAAGGCAGCCUUCAAUCUCGUUCAAGGUGAUGAAUUCCCCACAAUCGAUGCGUUCGUCAAGAAGUUCAGGCUCGAUUGCGCAGCUGCUUUGGAGAGAAUCAAAGAGGACAAACCGAUCACAAUCAAGGACGACAAAGGAAACACAAGCAAGUGCAUUGCAGACAUUGUCUCGCUUUUCAUCACUUUAAUGGACAAACUUCGGCUCGAGAUCAAGGCCAUGGACGAGCUGCAGCCUGAUCUUCGUGACUUGCACGACACAAUGAACCGAUUAAGUAUCCUGCCGACCGACUUUGAAGGCAAGGAGAAAGUUGCCGAUUGGCUCAACACACUAUCCUCGAUGCAGGCGUCCGAUGAAUUGUCCGAGCAGCAGUCUAGGCAGUUCAUUUUUGAUCUUGAGACCAGCUACAAUGCGUUCAACAAAAUGCUGCAUCAAAAUUAAGUUAUUGUGAUCUCUCCUGCUGGUUACUAUCUUCUGAUUGCAUGAGUUUUAUUUCCGUUAUUCCAUAAUUAUUGUAUCAUUUAAAUUAAUAAAACGAUAUUUAUCAAAUAAUUUAA